UUUAUUACUGUCAAAAUCUCAUUCCUCACGUCUAAGAAGGUAUCAUCAAGCUGUUUGUAAAAACAGGUUUUAGUAAUUUAUUAAAUUUAUAUUACCAAUUGUGCAAUCAGAAUUUUAGAAUACAAAAUUGUCAAAAUGAAAGGAAUAGAAUCAGGAGAAACAGGGAAAACAUCGACUAUCCCAAUGGUUGAAUUUACUCUGACACCGAUAGAAAAGCAAUUCCUUCUGCUAGCUGAACGAGGUGAUUGUGGGAGUGUAAAGGCAUUGUUAGAAGAGUUCGGUGAUUCAAAAGAAGACUUUGAUAUCAACUGUGUAGACCCACUCAACAGGACAGCUUUGAUUGCAGCAAUCGAAAAUGAAAAUAUGGAUUUGAUCAAAAUAUUACUUGAGUACAACAUUAAAAUGAAGGACGCUUUACUUCAUGCAAUCAAAGAAGAGUAUGUUGAAGCCGUUGAAGUGCUGUUGCAAUGGGAAGAAGAAAUUCAUGUAGAAGGAGAGCCUUAUAGCUGGGAAUCUGUGGACAGAGCAAGCUCCAAUUUUACUCCUGACAUCACGCCACUUAUCUUAGCUGCACAUACCAACAAUUAUGAAAUACUGAAGAUACUUUUAGACAGAGGGGCUUCUUUUCCAAUCCCCCAUGAAAUAAGGUGUUCUUGCAACGACUGUUUACAAUCACGGGAAAAUGAUUCGCUUCGGCAUUCCCAGUCGAGGAUAAAUGCAUACAAGGCCUUAACUGCGCCUUCUCUGAUCGCCCUGAGCUCCAAAGACCCCAUACUCACGGCUUUUGAGCUAUCGUGGGAGUUGAGAAGGAUGAGCAGAGUGGAAACUGAGUUUCGAGCUGAGUACAAUGAAAUGAGGGAAAGAUGUCAAGAAUUCGCCACAUCGCUUCUUGACCAUACAAGAACUUCGAAUGAGCUUGAAAUAAUGCUUAACUACAACCCAGAAGCUGGGCCUUUUGAAAUAUGGCAGCCUGGCGAUCACCAGUCAUUAGAACGUCUAAAAUUAGCCAUUAAAUACAAGCAGAAAAAUUUUGUAGCCCAUCCCAAUGUCCAGCAAUUGUUGGCUGCGAUUUGGUACGAAGGACUCCCAGGAUUCAGACGGAAGGGGAUGGUACAGCAGUUCUUCGAAAUGGGCAGGCUUGGCGCAAUGUUCCCCGUUUACACGGCCAUGUACAUGGUUGCCCCGUCCUCCAAAUACGGCAUGUUCAUGAAAAAACCUUUUGUCAAAUUCAUCUGCCAUUCAGCAUCUUACGGAUUUUUUUUGAUGCUUCUUGGGAUGGCAUCACAAAGGAUUGAGACAUUAUUCAUCGAAUGGAUAGGAACAGAUUGGUCCAGGGAACUAGUUUCAGAAUGGCGAAGAAAAGAGAGAGGUGCAAUACCAGGGGUAGUGGAAAGCGUGAUCAUCUUGUACAUCAUUAGUUUGAUAUGGAGUGAGACUAAAGCAUUGUGGCGUGAUGGAAUCUUAGAAUACAUGAAUGAUUUAUGGAACAUCGUCGAUUUUAUUACACAUUCCUUUUAUGCAACAUGGAUAUUCUUACGAGCCACUGCGUGGUUCAUUGUACAAAGGGAACAACAUUUUGGCAUUGAUCCAUAUUAUCCUCGGGAAAGCUGGGAUGUUUUUGAUCCAAUGUUAAUAUCAGAAGGUGCAUUUGCAGCUGGAAUGAUUUUCAGUUUUCUAAAGUUGAUACACAUAUUUAGUGUCAAUCCACACUUAGGACCUUUACAAAUAUCCCUCGGAAGAAUGAUAAUUGACAUAAUCAAGUUUUUUUUUAUAUACACAUUGGUACUGUUUGCAUUCGGAUGUGGUUUGAAUCAACUAAUGUGGUACUACGCUGAUUUGGAAAGGAGAAGGUGUUACCAUUUGCCGGACGACAAGGCAGAUUUCGAUCAUCAAGAACGAGCCUGUACCAUUUGGAGACGAUUUGCAAACCUCUUUGAAACAUCCCAGACUCUAUUCUGGGCCGGGUUUGGACUGGUGGACCUGAUGAAUUUUGAGCUGACUGGGAUUCAGGGCUUUACACGGUUUUGGGCUCUUCUCAUGUUCGGAUCGUACUCAGUUAUAAACAUCAUAGUGCUGCUCAACAUGCUCAUUGCAAUGAUGUCUAACUCAUAUCAGAUAAUAUCAGAGAGGGCUGAUGUUGAAUGGAAAUUUGCUAGAUCAAAACUAUGGGUGAGCUAUUUCGAUGAUGGCGAUACACUUCCUCCGCCGUUUAAUCUAUUGCCAGGUGUUAAAAAUUUUAUUAAAUGUGCACGGUGUGGAUCUGGUCGAAGGACAACACAAUCAUUGAUGUUGAAAUCGAGGAGUUUGGCACAAGAGAAAUACGAAACUGUUAUGAAGCUUUUAGUCCGAAGGUAUGUCACGGCAGAACAGAGGAAAAGAGAUGAAUUCGGAAUCACUGAAGAUGAUGUAAUGGAAAUUAGGCAGGACAUAUCUACGCUGAGGUUUGAGCUUAUAGACAUCCUUAGCAACAAUGGGAUGAAAACACCAAAGAUCAAUCCCAAUGAUAACACAAUAGCGGGGAAAAAGGGGAGAGUUAUGGAAAGGAGAUUGCUCAAGGAUUUCCAAAUUGGUAUCGUCGAGGGUAUUCUCACUGAAGCUAUCAAAUCAGAAAAAGAACCCAAAAAUGUUUUCUCCAAAAUUGCCAAGGCAAUCGGCCAGAAGUCUUCGAUCAAGGAAGAAAAAAAAGAUUGGAAUGCAUUGGCUCGUGUCGGGACCAUUGUGAAAAAUCCUAUCGGCUCGACUUCCGAGGCGAGACAAAAGAAUUCAAGGCAGAGCGUUAGAAAGCACAUUCUAGAACACACGGGAUCUGCUCUGAAGAGUAUCAAUCCUGACAAACUUCUUGACUACAAUCCAAACCUAUCUGUUAUCGCACCAGCAGCCAGAGUGGCCUAUGCGAAAUUCAAAAUUAACAAAAUAAAAACCGAAUACGACCUCAGAGAAAGUGACGAAAGUGAAACUAACUCAGAAAAAUGCUUAAAAGUUCAAGAACAUGAUGAUGCGAAGCAAAAUGAGCACAAUGUUUCACCGAGUGAUUAUCCAACUGAUCUAAAUGUACAAGAAAUUUGCGAAAAGCCCAAACUAAAAAAGAACGAGGAAAAGCAAAACAGUAUUAUACAUAAUUCUGAAAUUACAGAGGAAACAGAACAAACUUCCAGUAUAAAUGAAGAAGAAACACUUCAAAAACCUGAUAUAAACAUUGCAACGGAGGAUACAGCAGUAACAGAUAAUCAAGAACAGCCUAAAGAGAAUAUCACACCAGUUGAAGAAAUUUUAAAUUCCAGGCCUAAAGUUUGCCCUGGUAACUGGCUGUGAACAAUAGUUUCUGUAAGAAUACAUUAAUUUAUUUUUUAUUCAGUAUCUUUUUAUUUUAUUUGUUCUUUCAUUUCCACAAACGAAAUAAAUCUAUUACUGUUGUCAAUUUAACCCAAUUUUUAAAUUUAUUUAGUAACUAUAGUGAAAUGCCAGCAAAAUGAGUCCCUGAAUGGAAUUUUGAAACUGUAACUUUGUAUAUA